CGGAAGAAUUUUAGACACUUCCUGUCGAACGCUGCAUCAGAGUGCCUACUCUUUAUUUUGUGACUUACAUUCUUUGCUUAAUUGCGGACGUUGUUUGAAGAAACCCAAAAAUGUCCAAAAAAGUGGCUGUUGUUACCGGGGCAAAUAAGGGCAUCGGACUGGCUAUAGUGAAAGGGCUGUGCAAAGCAGGUUUCAAGGGAGAUAUUCUCCUCACUGCCCGGAAUGAGAAACUGGGACAAGAGGCUGUUGCUGCACUGGGCUGCAAAAACGUAAUCUUCCAUCAGCUUGAUAUCUGUGACCAAGGGAGCUGUUCGAAACUCCGAAAGUUUCUAGAGCAGAACUACGGCGGCCUGGAUGUUCUUGUUAACAACGCGGGAAUGGCCUUCAAACAGGCAGCAACAGAGCCAUUUGGAGAGCAGGCUGAGGUGACCAUGCGUACCAACUUUUGGGGUACACUGUGGGUGUGUCAUGCUCUUCUGCCAAUACUUAAACCCAAUGCUCGGGUGGUUAACGUGUCCAGCUUUGUUAGCAAGAAGUCCCUUGAUCAGUGCAGCCCUGAACUGCAGGCAAAAUUCAGAAAUAUACAGAUGUCAGAAGAGGAGCUGUGCCUGUUGAUGGGAGAGUUUGUUCAGGCUGCACAAAAAGGGGACCAUGCAGCUCAGGGCUGGCCAAACAGUGCCUAUGGUACCACCAAGAUUGGAGUGACUGUGCUUUCAAAGAUCCAGGCACGAGUACUCUCUGAGACAAGGCCUGGUGAUGGGAUCCUCCUGAAUGCUUGCUGUCCAGGAUGGGUGCGGACAGACAUGGCUGGACCAAUGGCUACCAAGAGCCCAGAGGAAGGAGCAGAAACUCCUGUCUAUCUGGCCAUGCUGCCCGAAGGGGCCAAGGAACCACAUGGACAGUUAGUGUGGGACAAGACUGUACAGGAAUGGUAGAGUGAAUAGAAAAGACCAACUCAUCAUUCCAUCUAAACAAUGUCAUAAUGCCAUUUGAUCAUUUCUUUGGUUCUGAAAGUAACUGACUAUUUCAAAAUCAUAUGCAGUAUCUUAAUGAUAUAUGACCUACAUAACAACUUAUUUCAAGACUAUGAAUUUACCACUUUAAAAUCUUUCACACUAAAAGCAAUUAAACUUUAAAAGCCUCACGUGUAGUUGCUAUACGUUUCUUGAAAAUAUUUGCAUGAUGUUGCUGUAUGAUUUAGAUCUCCAUAUCUGAUUUUGAAUAUUUGUUUAGUUUAAUUAAAGGUCACUUUGUUAGAUUCUUUAAUCUGUAUGAACUUUCUUAACCCCCAAUUAUCUCACUGUGAUAGUUCUCUAGCUUUCUUGUAAAGGAGGAAGCGGGAGCCUGAUAAACAAUCCACAUCAGUCUUUUUAUUGCACACUUUUCAGUGGCACGCACAAACGAAUGCUUUUCAGCAAAACCAAUAACACACACAUAGACACUACUGCGUGCGUCUCUCUCCCCUCCGGCGUCCUCGACUGCCCUUUUAACCCCCUCCAGCUCUCACUGCAACACAAAACAGCUGUUAGAGGUGAUUUCCCACAGGUGUCAAUCCUUACCGCUCUUCCUUUCCCAGCCUCGCUCUCCACAGACGUUGCUCGGCCACGCCCACAUCACCACACUCACUUUAUCUCACUUUAAGAUAAACAGAUUGGCCUCUAAUCUUUAAUCUACACAAAAGAUUUUACUGUCUGCACAAAAUGAAACUUCAUCCAAUGUUCUGCAAAUCUCUAUACAUUUUUAAUUUGAGUAUAUAAAGAAGCUAAAUAUUUAGAAAGUGGAAAAACUUUUUAAACAAUCAUAAAUUGUAGCAACUAAAACUAUUAGUCAAUUGCUUUCACUUUUUGUUUGCUCAAAGGUUUUUCAGGUAAUGUCAUCUCAUCUGCAUAUUUUUAGAUACCUAAAGCAAUAGUUGUGAAGUAUUCUACUUGACUGUAUUGGACAAAAUAGACAUUUAUGCCCUGCAAUUCUAUCUAGAACUUUAAUCUAUACCCGUCUCACCACUGACCAUAAUAUACAUGAACUAGAACCACUAAAGUUA